AUGCCUUGUUCAAGUCGACAACAACGAGGCCAUUACGCUACUAACGCAUGCACCAAUUGCCGAAAAAAACACACGAAGUGUUCUGAAGAAUCUACUUGCAAAUAUUGUUCAUCGCAUAACUUUAGGUGUAUUUAUGUUAACACGGUUAAAAAGCGAGGACCGAAAGUGGCUAAUAGAUCAGCUAACGUUUUUAAAAGUAAUUUCAAUGAAGAUGCAAAUACUGAGCAGGAACAAACAUUGACCUUAACUGAAUAUCCAUUUAGU